AUGUCGAAAAUCACGGCCAAGGGAACGGUAAGCCGGCUGAAUAGAAUAUUUACUCGUUUGGGUUAUCCUCGAACCAUAACCUUGGACAACGGCAAGCAGUUUAUGGGUACUGACUUGGACGCGUACAGCAAGGCUAAAGGUAUAUUUUUGAACCAUUCAACGCCAUAUUGGCUCCAAGAGAAUGGGCUGGUUGAACGGCAAAAUCGGUCACUAGUGAAAAGACUUCAGAUUAGCCAUGCUCUCGGCAGAGACUGGAAGCAAGACUUACAUGAUUAUUUAAUCAUGUACUAUACCACGCCCCAUUCAGUUACCGGGAAAACGCCAACAGAACUCAUGUACGGACACACGAUUCGAUCAAAGUUACCAGCAGUGAAUGAUGUUGAGACGGCGCCGACUACUACGGAGUAUCGAGAUCGGGUCCAAGUGCUGAAAGCGAAAGGGAAGGAAAUAGAGGACACACGUUGUGGUACCGGGGUAUUGAGACCAUCGUACAUAAAGAUACUACUGUACUCAGCACUGAGAGAUAAGCCAAGAGUUGGAUAA